UAAGAGAGCCUGCAGAGACGGAUAAUAAACCAUUCACAUGUAAUCCCUCCCCCUCAUACACACACGCACAGAUUGAGACACUUUGACAGACGGAGACUGGAUGCUUUGACAGCAGAGACAGGGCAGCUCUCUUUUUUUGAGCGAUCUGAAAUAUUUCCAUCUGUCAUCAGCAGAACUCAGAGGAGUAAACACACAAUGCAAAGUCAAGUAUUUUUGCCUGCCUGUUUGCUGCUGCUUUGGACACUGACAGAAAAUGCCCUUACGGUAAAAGUAACAACAGUAGGAGAUGGGAUUAAGCUGGUGUGUGAAGACGAAGGUGAAUUUCUAAACCAUGAUGGUUCAUCACUGUAUUUGCCAUACAGUGAUGAGAAUUCACGGGAGUACUCAUGUAACAACACCACAAAUGGAAAACUGCAACAAAUCUUUGUGAAAUUUCGGACCUGUGACAACUGCGUAGAGCUCGACACGGCUUCGAUUUUUGGCUUAGCUAUAGGAGAUGUGGUGGCUACAAUUGCAAUCGGACUGGCUGUCUAUCUCAUUGCGUCUCAUGCUCAGACUGGUCCAAUCACCUCUCACAAGAAAAGCUCUGAUAGACAGCAUCUUGUUCCAAAUGAAGUGAGCAGCAGAGCUCCCAAUGACCAUUACCAGCGUCUGAGACACAAAGGUGGUCAGAGAGACACGUAUGACGUAAUUAACAACAAAAAAUAGAGGGACGGUGGCUCACAGCCCGCGACCCCCGUUCAGCCUGCCUUUAUAUAAUUUCCUCUGUAUGAUUCUGUUUUAACGCUGGAUAUUUUAUCAUUUAUUCUCACUAUGCCUGUAACAUGAAGCUCUGAACAGACCACUUACAUAACAACUGAUUUGUUAACUUGUUGCUGUAUGUCAUAGUUCAGUAUCAGUCCUUGCUAUUUUGUUGUUAUAAAAUGUAGUACUUUCAUUGAUAAUCUAUGUCUUUCUCUUCAUAUACUGUAAGCAGGGCUGCUACAACAGCCACCUAACAUAAUGGCUUAAAAUGAAGUGUUUAUUUUGACAAACAAAGUUGACAUUACUGUGUUGCAAAAUUAAAGACUGGAAUAAAAACUGUGUUGUGUUGU